AUGGAGGUCUCCACAGGAGUUAAAGUUCUUUGUAAUUUUCAUUUGCUGGAGAAACUUGAAGAAGGGCAAAAAGGAGUAGGCAAUGGUACAGUGAACUGGGGCCUUGAAGAUGAUGACGAUAUGAUGCUUACAAGGUGGACAGGCAUGGUUAUUGGGCCACCAAGGACGGAUGGUCGACAGAUGGAGUAUACUAGUAUUUGUAAAAUGGCAAACUCAUACAGCAUUAAAGUCACCCUUCAAGAGCUACAAUAUCUAAAGACGUCCAAAGAAAAUAUGAAGCUUCCACAGCCACCAGAAGGACAAACAUACAACAAUUAA